UUGAACCCAGAAAAAUACAUGAAAUCAGAACUGAGGCCAGAAGCGCCCGUUUAUAUUCCCGUCUUAAAAAAUGAAGCCCAAUCGCCAGGUUCACCCUCAAAGGAACCGCAAUGUUCCAGAUACUCCAGAAGAUCAGUAAGACUAUUAAAUAGCGUGCUUAACAGUCCGCGACCUAUUUUAGGAACGAAACCGCCGUUUCCCAGGGCUAUCGUUGGCAGAAAAAAGGAGGAAAAUGGAAAGAAAGAUGAAGCCGAGGAAUUCAUUGGGAAGGAGUUUAGAUCGCUUACGAGAAACUUGCAAAGGAUGAAAAUGAAGGAAGACAAUAGCACUCCAAAGAAAAAGGACACAUGUUGUUUGUAAGCUGUUUAAAUUAAUAAAUUUAUAGCAUGUUGACUGGCGAUAUUUUCACAAGAAAAUUGUAAAGUUUUAGUAUUACCUUAAAAUAAG